CUUGGCAUAUAUUUGAAUAUAUACGGGAGCCUCCUUCAAUACGCUACAUGUAUGCGAUGAUUAUAGCUUUAUCAAACUUAUCACAAAUUAUACUUCCUGAUAACAAACUUCUUAUCGUGAUUUUUAAAUUGUGAGUAUUAUUGAUAAAAUAGUGGAUUUCUUGAACAACAUAACAAUGCAUAUGAACUUUUGACCCUAACUGUGUAUGACAUGCACUCCACAUUCAUGACAUUAAGAAAUGGAGAAUGAAGAGAAAACUACUUCGCCGUUUAUUGAAAGUAGUGAAAAUAAUCAGCUGAAAGAAAGAGAAAAUGUCCCAUGUUGUUGUUCUCAAAGAUGGAUAUUAGCUUACACUGCAUUCUUCGGUUUUCUACUGGUAUAUGCUUUACGUGUCAACAUAAGUGUUGGAAUAGUGUGCAUGGUUAGAAUAAAUGACACUUCAGUGUCAAGUAGUCAACAGAAUAAUACAGAUCUUACAUGCGUACUUGAAACAACUAAAAAGGAAUAUGAUCGAGCAGAGUUUGAUUGGGAUAAAGACCUAAGAUCUACAAUCCUAGCAUCAUUUUUCUACGGAUAUAUUGUAACACAAAUUCCAGCAGGAUGGUUUUCAGACAAAUUUGGCGGGAAACGUGUAUUCGGUGUUUCUAUGGCAAUAUCAGGGCUAGCGACGGUCCUACUUCCUGUCUGCGCAAGAACGUCUGUAAUUCUGGUAUAUGUCAUGAGAGUUAUAGUAGGGCUCGGCACGGGUACUGUGUUUCCCGCUCUUCAGUCAAUGUGGGGACGCUGGGCACCACCUUUAGAGAGCAGUAAGCUGGUUUCAGUGGGAUACAUGGGAACUAUGUUUGGUACAACCAUAACUUUUGCUACAUCCGGUGUCCUUUGCCAGUAUGGAUUCGAUAAUGGAUGGGGUUCUAUAUUUUACCUCACAGGAGGAUUAACAUUCAUUUGGGUGAUAGCUUGGUUUGUUCUGACCGCUGAUACUCCUGCAGAACAUCCACGCAUAACGGAGGCUGAGAAAAACUAUAUUGAGUCUACCAUUGAAUAUGAUACACACAUACGGUCUGGAAAGGCUCCAUGGAAGGAAAUAAUUAAAUCUCGUGCUUUGUUUGCAUGUGUAGUUGCCCAUAUGUGUAAUAACUGGCAGCUUUAUACACUAUUGACUAGCUUACCUACCUUUAUGAAAACAGUGCUAAAAUUUGAUAUAAAAAGCAACGGAGCAUUGUCUGCAGUGCCUUAUAUUUGCCAGGCAUUUGGUGCUUUUGCUGGUGGACAAGUUGCUGAUAUUUUACGAUCCAAAGGAAUAUUGUCUACGACUGCUGCUAGGCGAUUGUUUGAACUUAUAGCUUUUUUUGGAACUGGUGGGAGUCUUGUUAUCACAGGAUUUAUAACAUGUGACAACCGACAGUAUGCAGUUGUGUGUUUAGCAUUAGCGGUUGGAUUUUCUGGUCUUGUAAGAGCAGGACAUAUAGUAAAUCAUGUCGAUUUUGCUCCGAAGUAUGCUGGAAUUAUGUUUGGUAUAACCAAUACGUUUGCCACAAUUCCUGGUAUGAUAGCUCCUAUUGUUGCAGGUGCUUUAACACCGAAUAAUACUCAAGAAGAAUGGAGAAAUGUAUUUUACGUUUGUGCAGGUUUUACAGUAUUUGGUGCCAUAAUUUUCGGUACAUUCGUCAGUGGAGAAGUUCAAGACUGGGCAAGAGACCAUGAUGACCCACCAAAAGAACAGCAAAUUUGCAGGGCAUCUUCCUUUAUUGUGCCAGUACCGCACUGAAAGUUGUGGUGAAAUACAGUUAUUUUCCUGGACACCAAUUAUGUCUAUGUGAAUGGAACCUUCUUAUUUUAACUAUUUUUAAUGAAAAUAUUUAGCUAAAGGAAAUAAAAUCAAAUAAGAAAAACGAAUACAGUAAAUAUGGCGUCAUGGUGUAUUAUUAUUAUUAUCAAAUUUACCUAGUAUUCACCAAAAGAUCUGAUUUUGAAUUACACAUAUAUUAUCCUGUUUCCAUUUGUGCAGUUUGAACGUGGAACGCAUGUUUUAUUAUUAAUAAAUAUUUAGCAAGACUUCAA